UCACGCUUCAGUGUGCGUACAUUUCUUGACUAGUGUAGUCAGUUCAGUUAAAAAGAACAAACUAAACGUGUUCGGUUAGUGUUGAAUGUCAAAUUUUGCGUGAAGGUAAAAAUGAGUAAAAAUACUCGUGAAACAACUCCAGGUGAUGGCCUACGAUCAUUGCGAAGCACUUUGUUAUUCCGUGCCGUGAAUUAUGAAUUAUAUGUCAAGCCGAACAAAGUUAUCAUGAUUUUCGGUGUUAUAGCAAUGUUGGGUUGUUCAGGAUACAUGUUUUACAUGAAUCGUAAUCACAAGAGAGACGAUUAUCAAGCUAUAGUUAAAUCGGACGAUACAGUGGUACUAGUGAAGAAAAAAUCUAAAUGGACAGACUAAAUAGGAAAUGUCAAUGGCCAAUUUGUUACAGUAUUUUGUAACUGAUUAUUUGAAUUCUAAUAAUAUAUGUGUAUAUAUUAUUAUAUAUGUGUAUAUACAUGAGCUGAAAAGUUCAAGGUAAUUGCAUCUUGUUAUAUCGCAAAAUCAUUUUUGCACAAUCACAAAAUCAAAUGUUAUCGGAUGUUACUCAGAGAUUUCAUAAUUUUAUUCGUAACUAGAAAUCUAGAUG